UUGUCAAUAACAAAAUUAAAAUGAACUUGCCCUGUACGCGUUCUUACAGUUCUGCGCAAGACGUCCAACAUGCGCAGAUCACUGCAAUGCUACAAAAUCAACUUCACUCCAUUGCCUCAAAUAUCGUGAAAAGAUAAUCUUUUUUGCAAUAAUAAUUGAAAGGCAUAAUGCAGAUUUUCUUGAGUUAUAGUGUUUAUUAGAAUGUGUAAGUGAGUGAUGAAGUUUAAAUAAUUUGAGUGGUUAUCAAAGGUUUUCGAGUGCAUGAAUCAAUUAAGAGUUUAUUGAAGAAAACGUUAUGGACAACGAGCAGCCCCAUCAGGAGCUGGUAAAAUGCGUGGUGGUCGGCGACACGGCGGUCGGCAAGACCCGGCUGAUAUGCGCCCGCGCAUGCAACAAGCACGUGUCGCUGUCUCAGCUGAUGACCACGCACGUGCCUACUGUGUGGGCUAUCGACCAGUACCGGAUAUAUAAAGAUGUUCUAGAAAGAUCUUGGGAAGUUGUAGACGGUGUGAACGUCUCACUUCGCCUGUGGGACACGUUUGGAGAUCAUGAGAAGGACAGGAGAUUUGCUUAUGGACGGUCCGAUGUAGUUCUUCUAUGUUUUUCAAUAACCAACCCUAUUUCGCUAAGGAAUUGUGGUGCUAUGUGGUAUCCUGAAAUCAGACGUUUCUGCCCUAACACACCGAUUUUAUUAGUAGGCUGCAAAAACGACCUCCGAUACAUGUACCGAGAUGAAACCUACCUCAACUAUUGUAAGGAUCGAAGCCCUUUUAUAAGGGCACCUCGUAAAAGCGACCUAGUAAUGCCAGACCAGGGCCGGGCUCUAGCCCAUGAGUUCGGUAUAUACUAUUACGAGACAUCCGUCUUCACGUACUACGGCGUCAACGAGGUGUUUGAGAACGCGAUCCGAGCGGCGCUCAUAGCGAGGAGGCAGCAGAGGUUCUGGAUGACGAACCUGAAGAGGGUGCAGAGACCGCUCUUACAGGCACCCUUCAGACCGCCCAGACCCAUGGAGCCCGAAGUAGCUGUUGUGAACAGCACUUACUUAGAAAAUAUGACUGUAUUACUACGACAACAGUACUUCUCGGACAUGGUGAUAAUCUGCGGCUCCAAGGGUUUCCCAGUCCACCGCUUCAUGUUGGCGGCCGCAUGUGAGGCCUUCCAGCGCCUGCUCGACAACCACGCCGGGACGCUCGCCAACGAGCUGGCGCGCAGCUCCAGCGAGAGCAGCAUGGUGAGCAGUAUGGGCGAGGCAACGACUGGCGAGUUCAACGAGGAUACAGAGUACCUUAUACGACAAGACCAGGCCAAGCAGAUGAGAGUAUGGGAUCAGAUCAAACGGCGGUCUUCAUGUCAGAUCUUGCCGCUGAGUGAUAGUUGCAAGAAACCGCCGGACUUAUAUCGAGAGGUCAACCACCCCGCUAUAGUGUCAAUCAGGGUUGUUAAGUGCGACAAAAUCCAACACGCGACAUCACAAACACAAACAAUAGUGACGAUGAGCAAGCUCAUAUCCCAAACAGUUAUGCAAGAGAUCAUUAACUUCAUUUACACGGGAGCCCUCGACGCCAGCGCCUUCAAACAACAGUCGGCUGCUAUCGGAUUAUUACUGGAGAUACGCCAAGCGGCAGAGCUACUCGGCUUCCACGAGCUCAGCAAGUUAAGCCAGUUCAUCUUAGACCAGCAUCUGCUCUUCGACAAGGGUUUCAUGCUGCAGUUCCAUGCGCCGCUGGCAGGCCGGCUGCGCGACAUGUACGUGGAGCGCAGCAUGUUCGCGGACGUGACGUUCGACCUGGACGACGGCAUCCACCUCGCGCACCGCGCGCUGCUCAUGGCGCGCUGCGACCCCAUGAAGGCCAUGUUCCAGGGCCACUUCCGCGAGAGCGUGUCCAGAGUGAUAUCGUUCCCCGGUGUAAAAAUGUACGCGUUCCACAUCCUGCUGAGCUACAUCUACAGUGACAAGAUUCCAGCGGUGGAGCCGACUCGGUGUCUCGAACUCCUGGAGUUAGCUAACAGGCUGUGCAUGAACCGCCUCGUCACCUUAGUCGAGGCCAGGGUCAUAGAUCAGCUGCAGCAGAGAGAUAGGGUCUGUGGCGAUGAUGAUCAAGUCGUCGAAAUAGCGUUGUCAUUACUUGAACCUGUCAAGCUGCACAACGCGCACAACCUGGCGGGCUGGUGCACGUGGCGGCUGUGCGGCGCGUACGACCGCGUGUGUCGCGCCCGGCACCUGUCGCAGCCCUCGCGGGACUACCUCUCCGACAACCGGUGGCCGCCCGUCUGGUACGUCAAAGAGUUUGACUACUACCAGAAGUGUGUGAACGAGCAGAGUAAAGAACAGAAGGAGUUAAGACCGACCACCUCGUUACAAGCGAACCAACAGACUGGCUGCCUGUGUUUCACUAGCAAGUCCCGGCGCGACAGCGAGCCGGCCGCUGACGUCACGACCGCGCUGUGUCGCUCCGACGACGCGCACCAGCCGCAACUCUGACACCUGCCUUACUGGAGGUCCCUCCGUUUCGCGGUGCUCCUGCCAGUAUCGAUGUGCUUCAUGAGCACAAUACUGACUAUCCUGAUACUUUUCCACGUCUACACUUAAACACUGCUCACUAGGAUAGUUGUUGCACUAUUGUACACGGAUCGGUUAUCGCGUAGGCUGGUGUUGUGGACUCAACGAGAAUGUUCGACAACUUUCUGAAUUGAUUUUAGUGAUGUUUUUUUGGCUUAAGUGUCCUAAUUUGACUUUGUUUAGGACAUCAAUCAAUAUAAAUAUAAUUUAAACCUAUGUGAUCCUAUUUUAAAAGAUACACGGCUUCUAUGCAUCGUUUUUUUUUGUAAUAGGCAACUCUCAAUAUUAAAAUGUGUUACUUUUUAUAGAAAAUUGUAAAUGGAAGAUAAGAGAAAGUUGUUUAUUUGCAUCUAAAAAGUGUUUGUUUUUAUAACAUCGUGUGAGUCGAUUAUAAAAUUAAAAAAAAAUGGAAUAUGUAUUUACUUACUACCUCUAGAAGAGUUUUGAAUUUGAAACUUCAUAAAAAUAUAUUCCAAUUAAAAAAAAUGUAAUUAAAACUUUUUUAUUGAGUUUGCUACAGUAAUUGUAAAACACCAGCCUCGAAGUCCGGUCAUAAAGCGAAGAGCGAAAUUCGACCUUAUUAAGAAUAGUUUUAGUGUAUUUUCCAUUAAAUAUAAAUUGUGUUGCUAUCGCGUGGCUAAGUUUAGCGAAUUUGAGCUCAAUCUCUUAACGCUAAGGUAUAGUUUGGCAUGGAGUGAUGUUGAUGAAUUGAUUAGUAUUAUUUUAUAAGAGUUUCUGUGUAGAAAUUAUGAUCUUUAAUGAUUUAUCUUUCUUAUUUAAUUAUUUUAAUCAAAAAAUAUUGUAGAAACAAAAAAAAAUA